AUGCUAGUCGUAGGCCUAACCGGCGGUAUUGCCACGGGCAAGUCGACGGUCGCGAACCUGUUCCGCGCACACCAAGUCCCCAUAAUCGACGCCGACGUGCUCGCGCGGCAGGUAGUGCUCCCCGGCACGCCCGCGCUUGCGCAGAUCGUCAAGCAAUUCGGGGAGGAUGUCCUCCUCCCCGACGGCUCGCUCAACCGCGCGCGCCUCGGUGCGAUCGUGUUCACAGACGAGGCGAAGCGCCGUAAACUCAACGCAAUCGUGCACCCUGCCGUGCGCCGCGCGAUGUUCUGGGACGUGCUCCGGUACUGGUGGGGCGGCGAGCGCAUAUGUAUCCUCGACGUCCCACUGCUAAUCGAGGGCGGCAUGUGGAAAUGGGUCAGCGCCGUCAUCGUCGUAUAUUGUUCUGCAGAUAUCCAGCUACGCCGUCUCAUGGAGCGCGACGGCUCGUCGCGUGAAGACGCGUCGGCGCGCCUCAACGCGCAGCUCCCUAUCACGGAGAAGGUCGCUUUCGCCGACUACGUUAUAGACAACUCGGGAGAACGCCAUGAGCUGGAAAAGCAGAUCGAUACGCUUGUGGCUAAACUACGUAAGGCGGCGGGGUGGUCAUGGAGGCUCAGCUGGCUCUUCCCACCAUGGGGCCUGUUUUCCGCUCUGACGACUCUGGCAUGGAGAGCGUUAUCGCGCCGACGGAAAACGACAGCGAGGAAAAAAUAG